UCUAAGGGGGUCUCCUGCAGCGGAGUUUUAUUUCUUUGACGUCAAAUCAGUGCUAUGGGAAGUAUGCCGUUUCCUAUAUUGGUCUACAGCGAUGUCUUACAGAAAGGGCCAGGGACGGUGAACUAGCCUGGAGCGGAGCGCGGUGACUUUCACGACAGCACGGUUUUUCACCACGUUUUUUGGCAUUCCUCGUGAAACCUGUUAGUGAUUUUCUGGUGUAAUUAUUCUUUGUUCUGUCGUGCGUCGACUUCCAAAUGUGUCGUUUUGGAUGGGCUGCACUGGAAACUUCUAUCGCUGGCAGUUCUAGCAACUGUGUGGCUACAUGGUAUGCAUGCUUCCCGUGUAUGUCUUGUUUCCUUUUCAUGGUUUUCUUCGAAAUUGGCACUACGUAGUUGCAAGAGGACUGCAUUCACAAGCCUCAUUUAUCAGAGAAUGGGUUUUAUCGGGCAAUGACGGAGGCGCUGGACGGGAAAAUGGAGCUUGUAGGCUGCUGGAAUUUAUUCCGUACCAGCAUGUUGGAACCCUCUGGCAUGUCAGCCGUGGAUGAGCUCGCUUCUCUCCUUUUUUUCAGUUUUUUUCUGUUUCCCCACUGUGACAGUUCUCCAUAAACAAAAGGAAAUAGCCACUUGUUUUGUCCACCUGCUAUAUGAAGCCUAGGCCGGUCAAUAGGGGAGCUUCCUCGUUUCCGUGCUCAACGCAAAUUAAAGUAGUGUCGAGCAAAGAGAGGCCUUCCACUUUGCAUAGUGUCCGCAUAGAGUGAGGAAGCGUCAUGCAAAAAGUGGAAUCUCCAAAGGGUUGUUUUUUAUGUAUAUCACUAAAGCGAGGCGCUGGAGUUUGAUGUCUCUAGUCCCUCGCUGGAUAGGCUUCAGGCGUUUCGGCGCGUGGACACACUUCGUGAUAAGUCGACAGUACUUGAUCAUUUCUCUGUUGUAGCUUCGAAAAUACGUCCUUGACUCCUAGCAAAGAGCACUGUAUUCAGCGAGUGGUUUUCCGGGAUGAACACGUUCGUGUAUCCUAGUUGCAAUUACAUUUUUUUGGCAACUGAAAUUAUUCACUAUGAAUAAGUGGUGGUUUGCGAGCAGCUGCUUUGUUCUUCGGCCGACUGCAUCUGCAUCGCUCAGUGUAAAUAAAAAACAGUUUGAAUUUCUUUGAAGAUAGUGUCGGUCUUGCAGUCUUUGCUCCCCGUAUGUGCAGUCUUGUGCGUCUUCUUCGGUUUCACUUUUCACAUGCUUUGCAUUUUCCUCUUUUGUGUGUGUCUUCCAUGGGCUUUUUUGUCUAUUCCUUUUGUAUCUGGCCUCGCUUCUGCAUCUACGCUUGUCUGAACCAUUUGUUUUCCGCAUUUUCCACCGGAGAAUACAUCUGCUCUUCGCAGCACUUGUGCGACUCCGACACCCGGCGACCGUUGAUACAUGCGAGCUCCACUUGCAUCGCACCGUUAUGUAUCCAUUCGUCAUUUGCGAGUGGAAUCGUUCUAGGUGGCAGUGGAUGGUUUUAUUUUCUGUUCUGCAUGUCGCAUAAGCGACCACCGCACCACAAAAGAGUUUGGUGCCCGGCAGGCCGCCGGGACUGGAUUCCUUGGGCUGCGCCUCCCUUCAUUGUGUACGUAAUACGUAACCGCCAGCACAAACGUAAAGUUGGGCACAAGUGCAUGUAUACAUUAAUGCAUCUGUGUGAAUGGUGACACCGUGUUACUCUGCAUAUGACAAUGAAGCAGGAGGGGUGUUAUGCUGUCCUUUGUUGGAUCGCGUGUACUAGCACUCGGGUGCAGUGGAGCGAAUCCGGUCCAAAGAGCAAACCUGUCACAAAGGUGGGUCCCGUUGUGGAAUCCCUUCGUAUGGCGCCUCGUUUUGUUUUGUGUGCAGUCCUCUGCUAUGUUUCCCUGUGCCUCGUCUGGACCGUCCCAACAAAAGCCGACACGUGUGACCCGACGACAACCACAGCGUGCAAUAAUGGAAGCUGCUACGCACACAAUGGGUUGGAGGUUUGCGUUUGCGAGCUACCUUGGACGGGAGCGAAUUGCGACAAGACUAUGUCGCUGUGUACAAAAGACUGUGGAGUGAACUCAGAAUCUGGACUAGACUGCCAAACAGCGUUGUGUGGACUCGGCUCGUGCACAGACAGCAACGUGCCGCCGUACUACUCUUGUACAUGUGGCGAUUUCUAUAGUGGAUCCAACUGCGAAAUCCAGAGCAACCCCUGCAGUAGCGCCAGCAGUAAUCCGUGUGCAAAUGGGGCUUGUACAUUUGCUUCAGGGAAGAAUAGCGGGACAGUGACUUGCGUCUGCGACGACGGAUGGGAGGUCCCGCAAGGUGCGACGUCGACAAUCAUAAAAUGGGGAAAUAGCGAAGUUCUUAUGGGUCCACCUUGCUCGCAGCAACAGCAUCGAGGUGUAGCGAACCUCGCACUUACGUUGACAAGCGGUGAAAUGAUUAUAUGGUGGAUCGUUUUCGCCAUCAGCAUCAUUGCCCUCGUCUGGUGCUGCUAUACUGUGUGCGCUGAAACAUGCUCCAAAUACAUUAGAACUAUUGGCAGAGUACGGGCUGGAGCUCAGGCAGUAGGUGCCAUCUGAGGGUGAAUUUGAUGAAUGGAAUUAGCUGCCAGGCGGAAAAAGAACUUGCUUCCCCAGUAAGGAUCCCGGGGAAGCAGAGAUGACAAGCGUGUAUAUAAUAGUGGAAUGUUUGUGGUCUAAAACUUCUAUUUCAAAGACUCUUAACUCUGCAUCCCAUUAUCGGUAUCUGUUUUUUCUGCAUGUGCCAGGGCGUUCUGAGGGUCACAUCAAAGUACUUUUCGAUGUGCUACGAAGAGACACGCUAUCCUAUACGUGUCUUGUCCGCAUAUAUACCAGGUCACGAACAAAACUUUUUAAGGACACUCGGUGAAAUAAGAAAGGCCUGGAAACACA